CCAUUAGCUAGUAUUAAACCAUUUGAGAACAAAGAAAAAUGUUAGCACCAAUCAUCGAUGCCAUCCUCAGAAACGACGUGGCCACUUUACUAGCUCUCGCAGAAGAGAAUCCAUCUGUAUUGAGGGAGAGAUACCACUGGGAUAGUAGUACUCACGGUGGUACGGUUUUGCACCUAGCGAGUAAGCUUGGGCAUAAGGAAGUUGUGGACUCGAUGAUUAAGCUUUGUCCUUCUCUUGUCUCUGUUACUAACCUUGAUGGUGACACUCCUCUUCAUUUUGCUGCUCGUUGGGGACAUGCCACCAUUGUGGCUCAGAUAUUAGCGUCUGGAUAUGCUGAGUUAACCGCGGUCAACGAGCGAGGGCAAACUGCUUUCGUUGUUGCUUGCCGCUACUCUCACCGCGAUAUCGCUAGUCUUAUUAUGGAAGAAACAAGUUUUAUCACCAUGGGGGAGUUUUAUGCAACGUUCGUUCUAAGAGAAUAUACUGAUAUCACAAGGAGAAUGCUAGAGAAGUUCCCACAUCUAGCUUGGAAUGCCGAUGGAGAAUUGUCCACCCCGUUGCAUCAUGCCUGCAAUGCCAACAACCUCGAGAUAACAAAAAUGCUUCUAGAGAUUGAUCAAAGCCUUGCAGAGAAGGUCAACAAAGAUGGUUUCACACCUUUGCAUUUGGCGGCCAUGAAAUGCUCAAUUCCAAUUCUGAAGGAGUUUUCGGAUAAGGCUCCAAGAUCUUUCGACAUACUAACACCAGCGAAAGAAACUGUUUUCCAUCUAGCUGCGGAACACAAAAACACGCCAGCGUUCCAUUUCAUGGCAGAGAGUUCCGAUAGAAACAAGCUUCUCCAUCAGGUGGAUAGAUAUGGCAACACUGUACUUCACACUGCGGUCAUGUCCAGCUGCUACUCCGUGAUAGUCUUCAUCACUUAUGAUACAACAAUCGAUUUCUACACGAAAAACACUCGAGGACUGUUAGCAGUUGAUCUUAUCAAUGUCGACGAUGAAGAUUAUGGUAAGAUAUCUCGUUGGCUCAGGUUUGAUGCAAAACAAAUCCGAAAUCCUACUGGUCCUAAUCGUCAACAAAGAAACCAUAACGUUCCGAAAAUGUCUGAACAUAAGAUGCAAAUCUUUGAAACCAAUGAAGCACAUACAAGCAAGGAAAGCAAGAUGCAUGAAGAAGCAUUGCAGAACGCAAGAAACACAAUCACAAUAGUCGCGGUUUUGAUUGCAUCGGUUGCCUUCACAUGUGGCAUUAAUCCUCCUGGUGGUGUCUAUCAAGAAGGUCCAUACAAAGGGAAAUCGACUGCUGGAGCAACGUUGGCCUUCAAAAUCUUCUCCAUAAGCAACAACAUCGCGUUGUUCACAUCCUUAUGCAUCAUAAUCCUUUUAGUAAGCAUUAUACCUUACAGGACGAGACCACUCAUGAACUGCUUGAUACUAACGCAUAGGAUGCUUUGGGUGGCUGUGGUAUCCAUGGCAGUUGCUUAUGUUGCUGCAGCUUCCGUGAUCAUACCGCAUAUUGAAGGAAUAAGAUGGUUGUUCACAACCAUUCUUUCUAUCUCUACUGUGAUGAUGGGAGGCUUGUCUGCGUUUAUGACUUAUAAACUCUUCACACACUGGUUGAGAAAGAUGGCACUGAACCUAAAAUCUACAAUUAUAAAAAACAUCUGCAUAAGUUUACAGUUAUCUGACUGGCAAGUCGCUGGUACUGACGGAUAUUACUUCUACUGACAAAUGGUUUUA